UUGCAAAAGAUGGGUGCCCUCAAAUACGUCGAAGAGCUCCAGAAGAAGAAGCAGUCUGAUGUCCUGCGCUUCCUUCUCCGUGUUCGCUGCUGGGAGUUGAACGUCAUCCACCGCGCCUCGCGCCCUUCGCGCCCCGACAAGGCCCGCCGUCUGGGAUACAAGGCCAAGCAGGGAUACGUUAUCUACCGUGUCCGCGUCCGCCGCGGUGGUCGCAAGCGCCCCGUGCCUAAGGGUGCCACCUACGGUACGGCUGAAGAAUCUGCAAUGCGAAGAAGGAUCUGGNGCAAGCCCACCAACCAGGGUGUCAACCAGCUCAAGUUCCAGCGCUCCCUCCGCUCCGUCGCCGAGGAGCGUGUCGGCCGCCGCUGCGCCAACUUGCGCGUCCUCAACUCGUACUGGAUCAACCAGGACUCGACCUACAAGUACUUCGAGAUCAUCCUUGUCGACCCCCAGCACAAGGCCAUCCGCAAGGACGCCCGCAUCAACUGGAUCGUCAACCCCGUCCACAAGCACCGCGAACUCCGUGGCCUUACCUCCACCGGCAAGCACAACCGUGGUAUCAACAAGGGCCACCGCUACAACAACACCUCUGCCGGUCGCAGAAAGACCUGGAAGAGACAGAACACCCUCUCUCUCUGGCGCUACCGAUAA